UUAACUAAAUAUUAUCUAGUUUUGUUAGCAGAUUAAAAUGUUUGCAUGACGCAUGACAAAUUAAAUGUUGUAUUUACAUUUUGCUGACAUAUUUCAAGACCAAAUUAUUAAAACAACAAAAAGAUUUUGACGGAGUAAGCAAAAUGUUCUCGAGCAAAGCAGUAUCUGGUCAAAAAAAGCAACCCCCGCAAAGCCCGCAACUUAGCGGCAAACUGGAAAAUUUAUUCCAAGAAGAACUUAUGUUUUUAGAAGAGUCUUAUUCAAACUUGGUUGCUGAUUUAAGACAAUGUCAGAAAUCAAAUUACAUUCUUACAGGUGAGUUAAGUCGUUCGCAGGAGUUAAACAUGAAUUUAACUGAUAAACUUCAUGCGUGCCAACAUGCAAAUACUAUUUUAAGAGGAGAACUGCAAAGAUUGGAAGUGGAAAAUUUGUAUUUAAACGACAGUAUUAAGCUAUAUGAAAAGCAAGGAAAAAUAUGGAAAGCUGAUAAAAAACGCCUAAAGGAGUCGCUAACGCAGCAUAAAAAAAUAACAGCGUACAUUACUAAUAAGUUUGAAACACUUAAAGAAAAAAUAGAUGACCCAUCACGCAGUAACCUUUUGAACACUGUUGAUGAUAUUAUAAACUUGAUGAAAAGCUAUACCGAAGAAAAUUUUCAAGAAAAUUCAACUGCAAUAAAAGAAUUUCAACUCAAAAACGAAACCUCAGCAAAUUCUAACCAUUUUUCAACAAUAAGCGAGGUUGAAACCCUACUUAAUACAGAAUACAAAACAGAUGCCAUCCUACCUGACGUAAAUGUAACAAUAGCAACAGAUGACGCAGAUUUAACACAAAAUAAAGAUCUUAAUAACAACUCAAUAAAAAACUCAAUAACAGUGCAAAAAUCACCUCAGCUUGUACGAUUCGAUCAAAAUCCAAAACUUUACCAAUAUAACAAAACACAUGCUAAUUGUUCUUCAAAAGAUCAAGAUAAAUCACCACGUGCACAAAGGACGCAGUCACCAAAAAACAUCUGGGAAGUAUAAAUAUUUAGCUUUAUAAAAUCGGGUCGCUUCAUCUCGCCAAAAAUGUUAUGCAAACUCCAAGUAAUAACGCUAUGCUGAAGAAAAACAUAAAAAUGACAAAAAGUUUCAAAUUAAAUAUUAAAACAUUCAUAA